CGUGUAUUUAAAAUCUAGUACCAACUAAUUAUGAUCCGUCGCUAACAUAUAAAAUCAAAAUCAAUCUAUUUUAUUUAGGUUCCAAUAUCGAUCUCAAAUCACAAAAAAGGUGAAAACUUUGUUGGAUCCCAAAGGAAAGAUGAAGAUCACGGCAUUACUUGUGUUAAAAUGCCACCCAAUACCAGACGGGUCGGAUCCGGUGAUACUUGCCAAUGCAACGGAUGUGAGCCAUUUUGGGUAUUUCCAACGUGUCACCGUCAGGCAGUUUAUUGUUUUCGUUGGUAGGACCGUUGCUAAACGAACCCCGCCCGAUCAACGUCACACCGUCCAACACGAAGAGUAUAAGGUGCAUUCAUAUAACAGAAAUGGUCUCUGUGUUGUGGGGUUCAUGGACGAUCACUAUCCAGUCAGAAGUGCAUUCUCUGUGUUGAACCAGGUAAUAGAUGAAUACCAGAAGAAGCACGGUGAUUCGUGGAAGAGUGUACAAGCAGAUAAAACCGACCAAUGGUCUUAUCUUAAUGAUGCUUUAACAAAGUUUCAGGAUCCUGCUCAGGCUGACAAGCUGUUGAAAAUUCAGCGAGAGUUGGAUGAAACCAAAAUUAUCCUUCAUAAAACCAUUGACAGUGUCCUCGAAAGAGGCGAAAAGCUGGACAGUUUAGUCGAGAAGAGUUCAGAUCUCAGUGCAGCUUCGCAGAUGUUCUAUAAGCAGGCAAAAAAAUCCAAUCAAUGCUGUACUAUUUUGUGAAAGGUGGGCAUAGUUAUAUACAAUGAUUCUUCAAGACAUCAACUUUUCAGAGGCAAGCCUUUCCUGGACUUAUGCUUGCUAGAGAUAGACAAGUAUGCGCAUGCUCAUGCUCACGUUUAUCGUCUCAUGUAUGCAAUCCAAUUCCUUUGCUAUUUAGAAUGUUCUUUUGUAACUAAGAGAUAAUGAAACCGUGUUUAUUACACAACAAAAAGAAUUAAUCAAAAAUCAUGUCAUAAUGUUACUACA